AUGCCAGCAGUCCAGCCCUCUUCUUCGAGUUCCCUGGUUCUUGUCACCGGUGCUACAGGUUAUAUCGCUGCAUGGGUCGCUCGAUGUCUUCUUGUACACGGUUACGAUGUACGAGGAACAGUUCGCUCAACUUCGAAAGGCCAACAACUUCUUGAAAUCUUCCAAAAACUGACUGGAUACGGCGGGCCGAAAUUUGGCAAGUUCGACUUUGUCAUUGUCGAAGAUAUCGCGAAAGAACUUGGAGCUUUCGAUGAAGCUGUGAAGGGUGUUGAUGCCGUCGAACAUGUCGCCAGUCCUUUUCAUUUCGAUGCUGAUGAUCCAAACGAUAUCAUUGAACCGGCAGUAAAAGGGACGGUUAGGAUCCUUCAAAGUGUGUCAAAGUUUGGGGAGAAGGUGAAGAGAGUGGUUAUCACAUCGUCUUGUGGUGCCAUACUGUCAUCGACCCUGAAGUCGGAAAAACGGGGAAGUCGGAAAAGUGUAAUAUAG